ACAGAAGAAGACUGUUCUGUGUAAGAUCACACUCCAGAUUAGAGAGGAUCCAACUGUCAGCUGCUCGUCGGCUUCCUAAACUCAUCUUCUCGCCUGAAGGAUCCGAAAAGCUCUUUACUCAUCAUCACACUGGAAGGAUAAUGGAAGGUAACAAAAAAGCGAACCCAAGUUCCAGAGACUUGAUCAGCACUUUACCAGAUGAUGUUCUCUGCUACAUCUUGUCCUUCCUCACGACAAAGGAGGCUGCUUUAACACAGGUUCUGUCAAAGCGAUGGUCGAAUCUUUUUCAACUGGUACCUAUCCUCGACUUUGACGACUCUCUGUUGCUAAACCGCAGAAUGGGUCGAGAGCAAACUAAGGUUUUCAUGGAGUUCGUGGAAAGGGUACUGUUUGCGCGAGUCAAGAACUCGUCUCCUGUGAAGAAAGCCUCUUUCAAGAUAAGUCAUUUAGAUCUUCAUGAAAGAUUUGAUCGCGUACCUCUGUGGGUAAAAAGAGUAAUGGAUCUUGGGGCCUCGGAACUUUGUCUAAGCUUUGGUGGUGACUUCAAGUACGUUAGCUUUGUUCUGCUGUACUGUGACCUUAAGAGCAAGGCACUUGUAAACCUAAGGAUCGGAAGAGUCUACCUCAUUCAUCAUGAUGGUACUUUUCCAGAUUCUGUUUCUCACACACUUACCACUCUCUUUCUUGACUCAGUUCAGUUUACUUAUGGUAAGCCUGGUUUCGAAGCUAUUCUAUCAGCUUUCCCUAACCUUCAGAACCUGAGGCUCCAUGAAUCCAAGGAGUGGUACUAUUGGGAUGGGUCUGUUUCAAGUCCAACGCUUAAGAGAUUUGUGUACAGACGUGAUGAUGAUACUUCUGGUCCUAAGCCUUGUGUUAAGUUUGAUACUCCGGGGCUUGCUUACUUGGAGUAUUCUGAUGUGGUUGCGGCUAAGUAUGAGAAUCUGCGUUUGGACAGCUUGGUUGAAGCUAGGCUUGAUCUUCUGUUGACUGCAGGUCAAAUCAUGCGCAAGAAUGCUCCAGAUAAUGUUGGUUUUGUUCCUGGUGAUGUUUCAACUUUGUUCAUGGGAAUCAGAAAUGUCAAGAUCCUCUGCUUAUCUCCAGAUGCUCUAGAUACGCUUUAUUACCGUGGUGGUGAAAUACCUGUGUUCAACAAUCUGAUUAGCUUGUCUCUGGGAAGUGAUAGACCUCAUGGCAGUCCAUACAUCUUCAAGAAACUGCUUCCAUCUCUUCUCCUCAAGGCGCCAAAUCUACAAACUCUAAUCAUCAAGGGUCUAGGGCAUUAUGUUAAAAAAGGAUGGGAGGUUGGGUGGCACCUACGUUUAUCUUUGGAUGAUAUGUAUGAUGCUCUGUCAUCAUCCGGAUUGAAGGUUCUGCAGAUCAAUGGGUAUGAAGGAACUGGUGAAGAACUUAGUCACAUGGAGUGUUUUUUGGGAACAUUACCGCAUCUUGAAAUGGUUAGGGUUACUCAUAAAGGAGUUGAUGAUGGAGAGAGACGUCGUCUGGUGAAUGAUCUUUUGUGUCUUACCAGAGCUUCCCCCAAAUGCAAGGUCCAAGUCAUGAAAGAAAGUGCUUGAUCACUUGUCUAAGUUUAUUAUGUAGUUCUGUGUAUAGAGAUGUGGGGGUUGUGUGCUUGUGCUGAGUUCUUUUGAAAAGUCUUUCCCUAUCACAAUGUCCUGUGAAGUAUUUGAAUUUUAGAGAAACAUUGAUGA